AUGAAGUUAGUGGUGGUUGCCCUCCUAUGCGCAUUUUCAGUGGCACUUGCUUUUCCAAAACAAGAAGACGAGUUUCCAGAAGAAGACCCGUCCCCGAUUAAAGGAGUACCAUACUACCCAAAAGGACAUAUUGGCAAAAAAGGCGUACCUGUAACAAUCAAUGGCAUCAUGAGAGUGAAAGGAGGCUGCGGUUUAUACGGUCAUAAGGGUUUGUGCAAGGGCUAUGGAGGUCUGAAGGGAAGACUUAUGCUGCUUCGAAUGCACGGAGUCAUGGUUCCCCUUGGCUACGGAUAUGGCCACGGCAUUGGGCUAGGACACGGCCUCGGUUUGGGACUGGGUCUUGGCAAAGGUGUUGGACUAGGAGGCCUUGGAGGGCUUGGGCUAGGGAAAGGCUUUGGCUAUAGAGGUCACUUGCACCACAAAGGCAAGAAGUAA